CACACAUCCCUCUUCCUCAUCUCAACCCCGCAAUACGAAGUCGGCGAGCCCGAAACAAGAAAAGAAAAUGGCAGACGAUGAUCAAAUCUCAAUCUACGACGAAAUCGAAAUCGAAGACAUGACCUUUGACCCAAACUUGCAAAUCUAUCAUUAUCCAUGCCCUUGCGGCGACCGAUUCGAGAUUGCGAUUGAUUCCUUGCGUGAUGGGGAGGAGAUUGCCGUUUGUCCGAGUUGUAGUUUGAUGAUUCGGGUUAUUUUUGAUGCUAAUGACUUGGUCAAGGAGGAGCCGAAGCAGGAGCAGGUUAAGAGUGAGGUUAAGGUGCAGGCUUGA